AUGAAGUAUAUUUUUCUUUUUGUUCUCUUUGCUGGUGAAUUUUUCUUUGGUUAUACAGAUGAGCAGAAUGAUGAUCCUGCACCCUACCUCGCAUAUAUCAAAAACCAGUUUAGCCCCUGUGUAGGUGUUCUGAUCCAUCAACAGUGGGUCCUGGCAGCUGCUCACUGCUACUUACCAAGUCUCAAAGUGAAGUUGGGAAAUUUCAAGAAAAGAGUUAGAGAUGGAACAGAGCAGACUAUUAAUUCUGUCCAAAUCAUUCGUUACUGGAAUUUGAGCACAGAUGCUUCCGAGCACAACCUCAUGCUAAUCAAGCUAUCCAAACCUGCAGUUCUCAAUGAAAAGGUCCAGCCCAUGGCCCUGCCCACUAAAAACUUCCCUGCAGGCACAAGGUGUGUUAUCUCUGGCUUAGAUUGGAGCAUAAAAAAUAGUGGCAAACACCCUGACCUUCGGCAAACCUUCACAGCCCCUCUGCUACCAGACAAAGAGUGCCAGCAAACAAAACAAGGAAAAGUCAGCAAAAACAGGAUAUGUGUGAAAUUCUUAAAGUCAUUCGAGAGAAUUUUUAUGGAAGCUGCACUGGCUGCUGUCAUCUGCAAAGACAAGAUUCAAGGGAUAGAGGUUGGGAAUUUCCUAGGAGGUAACAUUGGUGUCUACACUAACAUCUUCCACUAUAUCCCUUGGAUCCAGAAAAUUAUAUCUACAAGAUGA